GUCAAGUUCAGUGCGUUGUUCUCCGGCCCGGACGGACGCUUCUUAUUGGUAGGUUGCGACGGUUACAUCACGCCGUUCGUGACGCGCACGUCUUCCUGUUUCCUUCAGCCGCGUCUUAAAGUGAAUCUUAGUGGCGGAGGAGCGCUCCAGCAGCAUCCAGUCCUCUGCAUCCAGUACUGCGCGCCUCGGAGACGCACAGACGCACAGUCUCUCUCUCUCUCCCUUUCUCUCUCUCUCUCUCCCGCUUCUCUCGCACUCUCUAUGUCUCUCACUCUUGUAGCCACAGCAGAGGAUAGAGGGAGAGACCGACGCGCAGGAGCUCUUUUCAUCUUCUAUAUUCCCCCCGUUUUGUUCUUUUCGCUCGCGUCGCCGACUUUAUUCCAGCUUCUCUGAGAAAUUUGUUACAUCCCAGCGAAUCCUGCGGUGCCCUGCGUAGAUUCUCUUCUUCUUUUUUUGUUUCAUCCGUAGGAGUUCAGGUUGUCCCCCUCUUCAUCUAAAGGGUACUCGGAGGCUUUGAUCCUAGAGGACUGGGUUUGUGGGAUAUGGCCCAAUAGCAGCAGCCCGUGAUGCCGGACCAUGACAGCGACUCCCUCCUGAACAGACAGACCAAGCGAAGACGUGUGGACAUUGGUGUUAAGAGGACCGUGGGCAGCACAGCCUCCUCCACAGCAGCAGCCACAGCAGCAACCACUGAUAACAUUGCUCGCGCCAAAGCAGCCAUUUUCAGUGCCAUGAACUCUCUGAGCUCCCAUUCUCACCACGGAUCAGACACCGACUCCAUGGAGUGCUCUGUAGUGCAGCCACAUGGUGGGCCUGGCGUUGUAUCAGCCAGUGAUAGUGAGUCCAAGUCCAAUGUACUCCGAAAGCUUCUGAAGAGGGCCAACUCAUACGAGGACACCAUGAUGCCCUUCCCUGGCACCACCAUUAUCUCUCAGCUUCUCAAGAAUAACAUUGCUAAAAAUGGAGGAGGUCUCGAGAGGGGAGAAAGAGGGGACAGGGGUGAUAGAGGGGAGUCAGGCUUCCCGGGUUCAGGGCUCUCCAAUGCAAGUUCAGAUGCUCCCCAGGAGGAUGCCUGCAGUAACUCCUCCCAGGACAGCACCCCUCAAGAGUGUUUGUCGCCAUUUGGCCGUCCUCCUGGCCUGGCCACCUUCGACAUCGAACGUCUCAAUGAUGAACACCUGCGUGCCAAGCGAGCCCGUGUGGAGAACAUUAUACGUGGCAUGAGCCACUCGCCCAGCGUGGUGGUACCUGCUGCUUCCCGUCAUGAGCGUGACCAUGAGAUGGAUGGAGAGCGUGAGAUGGAGCUGGACUGCGCACCUCCUCAGUCUCAGCAGCAGGCCCCCAGCAGCCCACGGGGAGGCGAGGUGUGCAGCAGCAGCAGAGAGAACAAGCGAAAACAGCGUCUGCCUCAGCAGCAGCAGCAGAGCUUCACCCAGCUGGUGUGCCAGAGAAAGGAGCAGAAGCAGGAGGAGCGACGACAACUGAAGCUGCAGCUGGAGGACAUGCAGAAACAGUUACGGCAGCUGCAGGAGAAGUUCUUUCAGAUCUAUGAUUCGACUGAUGACUCAGAACACAAUGACCUCCACAAUGACAUAGGAAACAUGUCAGAGGACAGCCCAGCCAGGUCUGACACAGGAGGCGACGACCGGGGAGGAGAUGACUUGCGCUCUGACAAUGAGAUGUCUGACCUGGACCCAGGCCAUUUCCUAGACAGGGCGCGGGCACUGCUUCAGGAGCAGGCCCUGCUGGCCGACGGAGAGAAGCCAAGAAGAGAGGGUCUUGGCCGGAGCAAAGGACAGGGAGGUCCAGGCUCCUCCAUGCAUGCUGAAGGUAAACAGCUGGCAGAAACGCUGAAGCAGGAACUGAAUUCAGCCAUGACCCAGGUGGUGGACACAGUGGUGAAGGUGUUUGCCAAGCCUCCACGCCCUACACCUCAGCAGGCCUUCCCUCCACUUUCCAUACCUCCUGAAAGAUUUCCAACCACUGUCAAUGGAGACAACCCCAACUUCCACACCACAAACCAGAGGCUGCAGUGCUUCGGUGAUGUCAUCAUUCCCAAUCCACUAGACUCCUUUGCCAGCAUGCCCGGGAUCCCCGGCACCACCAACGACCAAACCGAGGCACUGCCGUUAGUAGUGAGGAAGACGCCCAGUGAGCACCACCACCAGUCCUCAGCUGUGGGCGCCCACGGUGGUCACCACCACCCCGCCCUUCACCCCUCCUCACUCUCUGCCUCUAUGGGCUUCAGCCCCCCAUCCUUUAGACACCCCUUUCCCCUGCCUCUCAUGGGCUACCCUUUCCAGAGUCCCCUUGGAGCACCCACAGGUGGUUACCCAGGCAAGGACCGUUCCUCACCAGACUCCAUGGACCUGUCCAGGGAGACCACCAGCCUGAGGACCAAGAUGGCAUCGGGACACCACCUGCCGCAUCACCAUCGCUCUUGUUCACCAGCACACCCUGGCAGCACAGCCGAGGGACUCUCCCUGUCCCUCAUCAAGUCUGAGUGCAGUGAUCUCCAGGACAUGGCCGACAUCUCGCCCUACUCAGGCAGCAAUAUCCAAGAAGGUCUCUCUCCAAAUCACCUGAAGAAGGCCAAGCUCAUGUUUUUCUACACCCGCUACCCGAGCUCCAAUAUGCUCAAGAUGUUUUUCUCUGAUGUCAAGUUUAACCGCUGCAUAACCUCCCAGCUGAUCAAGUGGUUCAGCAACUUCAGGGAGUUCUACUACAUCCAGAUGGAGAAGUUCGCCCGCCAGGCUAUAAACGACGGCGUCACCGGAGUCGAGGAGCUGAGCGUCAGCCGCGACUGCGAGCUCUUCCGAGCCCUCAACAUGCACUACAACAAGGCCAACGACUUCGAGGUCCCUGAUCGCUUCCUGGAAGUGGCCGAGAUCACGCUGAGAGAGUUCUUCAAUGCCAUCGUGGCCGGCAAAGACGUGGACCCGUCCUGGAAGAAGGCCAUCUACAAGGUCAUCUGCAAACUAGACAGCGAGGUCCCCGAGAUCUUCAAGUCCCCCAACUGUCUCCAAGAGCUUCUACACGAGUAAAUCUCUCCUCCUCCUCUUCCUCGCUCACCGCUUUGCGCUUUUGUUUUCUCUGAUUUCAUAGAAUUUCAAAAUGAUAUUCUCUUUUUUUUUCUCCCUUUUCUCCAACUUUGAUUUCUUGUUUUUUUUUUUUUUUUUGAAUGUAUGAAAGUUAUGGAGUAGCAUUCCCAAUCUGAAGCCUUUGUGGCAGUUCCUAAAUGACCUAGCUAUUGUAUUGUUGUUCUUAUAUUACGAUGGUUAUUAUGUUUUUUUUCUAUGAUUCUGAAUUGAAGAGACUCUGAUCGCGCUGGGUGUUUUACUGGACCGUGUGAACCCUCAUCCGUUUGGCCUGAUUUAUGAUCAACACUAACUAAAAAGCCCUCUGAGUGUGGAAGGAGUUCCAGAGUUUCCAUUUACACCACUAAGAACAUAGGCUGGGUUCUCUUAAAGACUUUACUCGUGGCACCCAUGGGUGCGCCUCCAGUCCUGGGGGUUUUCAAAUGAACUGUCAGUGCAAAGUGGGUGCCUGAUAGACUGAGCACAGCCACAUGUACACAAAAACAAGGCCUCUUCAGGUUAUUGACUGGUCUAAAACUAGACUCUUGGUACUGGUCUGUUCUGGUUUGUGGGACUCGGACCGGUUUCAAAUAGCUACUGAGCUCUACCAUUGUUUUUUUUUGUUUUUUUUGAAGUGUGUUUUUCCCUGCAAGUAGGGCAUUGUGUUUAUUGGGUGUACAUUAUUAUUUUGAUUACUAUUCUUCUUCUUGUUGUUUAUGAUUAUUUGUCACUACUGCUUGCUGAAGAUUGGCACUUCAAGAUUUGUUUGUCCCUUGAUGCCGUUGCAGAAAAAAAUAAAUUAUUGCUAUUAAUAUUAUUCCAAAAGAUUUUUUAGAUUUUGAAAUAUUUCCCCUCCACACACACACACACACACACACACCCACACCCACACACACACACACACACACACACACACACACACACACAGACACACACACACAGACACACACACACACACAUUUCCCCCACCCUCCUCCUAAACUCACUUUGGUUUAGUUUGUCCUUUACUGGAGCGGACUUUGGUUUUGUUGUUUGUUUUGUAGUUUUGGUGGUUGGGGCCUGGGGCAGCUUUGCUGGAUUUGGGUUUUAAUCAAAGGGACAUUGAAGUGGGCUUUUCUAUUCACCUAUAGUUCAUCCAACACUAGACUAGUCCAGUGCUGUUGCUGGGGAAAAUAAACAGGCUGCAGAAACACAUGAAGUAAAUAAUGCCGAAAUAAUGAAGUAAUCAGAAGAAGUGUGGCUUUUUGUUUCAGCUGGGUUUUUUUAAACAGCUGUAUUUCCAUUGCUGCUCCACCUUUGAGAACUAACCUGCUGAAAGAACACUCGUUCAUUUUCUCACAAUGUUUCAUCAAUUUUAAGGAUUAAUGAACACGAACAUGUUACAACAGCUGCAUAGUUUUCUUUGUCUUUUUAUAGCACUGUACACUAAAUAGCUCGUUUGAAAUGAAGUCAGCCUGUUUACGUGGCAGGCUUUUAUUACGAUUAGCCUAUACAUGGUGCAAAUGACAUUAUGAAGUUACUUCAACUGCAGAUGAUACUUGAAUAUAUUAGAAUAUCGUGGCAAUUUAAAGUGCAGUGAAACAACAGUCAAGCAAAUACGCAAGAACAGAUGCAUCACGGAGAGGGAGAUAACUCAAGGAGGGUUAAAGAAAGAAGUGUAUAUGAGCUGAAACGCAUUAAUUCUACUUCGAGUGAACUUCCCCCACAAACCACACACACACACACACACACACACACAUCGCUGCUUCUCUCCAUGUUCACCUGCCUGUGAGUGAUUGAGCUCCUCUCUUAGAGCAACAAUACGAGGUCGGAGGUGAGCACUCACCCCAGGGGUAGACAGAGAAGCUCUCAGCACUACAAAGAGCAGGGACAAAGGCACAGAGCGAGGAAGAACAUGCACCUGAAGCCCUCCGCUCUGUCUUGCCAUCCCACACUGGCAGCUUUUAAAGACCCUAAGUGUGAUUCUGUCGAAGCCACUGUGCCCAGGUUGUUAAACGGCAUUCCUUUCACUUUCACCUGAGAUUCUAAUCCCAGAUUUUCCACUUGAGCUGUGUAUCUAUUUAGUUUUUUUUUUAACUUUCAUCCACCCUCUCAGGCUUUUAAGAUUUUUAUGAAGCACUUAGUGUUAGCUGCCCUUUUGAUGAGGUAAGUUUGAAGCAGAGUGAAUACUUUCUAGGGUGCGUGCGAGCUAUCUGCUGAUCUCACCUUGGCGACAUUAGCUUAUAGUGUGUCUGUGUGUGUGUGUGUGUGUGUGUGUGUGUGUGUGUGUGUCACAAAAGAUCAAACAGGGCAGGUUGCUUAACCUGCUGACUUGUCUAAGCGAGACAAAGCGCCUGACAAAAGGAGGCAGAGAAAGACAGAGCUACUCCCUUCAUUAUAUGUCCCACCUCUCCUCCUCCUCUCCUCCAGUGUUCUUCUACUUAAGAUCCAGAGUCCUGAGAGAGCGAGCCGGACACAUUUCUCACUGAAGGAUGGGCUCGGCCCUGCAUGUCUCAGAGUCUCAAAGCACCAGCCAAGGGCUCUAAAGCGCCACAGACAAAGGAGAAAGGAGGGGACACUUUUAUCUGAUGCACAGAUUAUCAUCGUCCCCCCUCCUUCCUGCAACUCCACCCUAAAGUUAAAGAGUUCCUGCGCCUAAAAAGAUUAAUUCAGGAUAAUGAAGACUUAUGUGCAAAAAAGAGAAGAAAAAAAGAAGGAUUAGCAAGACCUUAAUACCGUGUCGAGAAUAUUUUUGUCAAGUUUUCCUUUUCUGGGGUCUCAUUUGAUUUUUAGGAGAACAUUAUUAAAAUACAUAUAUAGUCUUUUUUAAUAAUUGUAAAAUAUAAAUCUAUGGGAAAAAAUAUAUACAGUAGUGGAAGUUCUUGGAAGGCGCUGUUAGAAAUUGUUUCAUAAAAGAAAAUCUCGAGGGUAUUUUUAGUGACAGCUUUUGUUUGAAUCUGUAUUCUGAACAAGUGAGUUGUUGGUAGAUUAGGAGCAAUAGUGGUAGGGUUUUAUUUUUUGCAGGUUUUUGUGACCAGUUUUCUUCCUUUUUUGGUUUCUUUACCACUUUUUUUUGUAUUGUGCUGAAUGGCUGUCUUCUUGAGAUCCGAAAAUUAAAAGUUGGAAUACAAUUUUCAGAGUAUGAGAUAUUGUUGCUACUGUAAAUACUGUCAGGAUGAAACAAAGAAUAGCUGUACAGUUUUUUUCUAUUAUCACUCAGAGUGCUGAGGGGAGGACGGUGAAAAGAAAGGGUAUAAAAAAAAUCUCUCUCCAACUGGACUCAUUUUUGUUGUUUUGUUCCCCUGCCAUGCCUUUAACGGGAGUCUGUUUCCCAUCGGCAGUGCCCUUGAAGUUGCACCAGCAUCCAUUUCUUUAAUUUUUCUGACAUGCAUUAGACUAGCGGUGGGGUAACGUUGGCAGCGCAUGGACCCCGUCAUCCUGAAAAAAAAAAAAAAACAAGGGCAGACCGCCGCCAAUGUAGCUCUAGAUUUGACCUGGGACAGAGACAGGAACUCAUUGUCAUCAGGAGUCUAGUGCCAUGGAAGGGGAACAUGCUGUAUAGUUAAAAAAAUAAAAUAAAAAGAAAGAGCGGGGCAGAAAAAAAAGUCAUUUGUACAAUUUUUUUUACAGUCGGGAUACAGUUUGUGGAAUUCCUGUGUGCUCUGCAUUAUGUGUACAUGUGUGUGUGUGUGUGUGUGUGUAUAGACGUACUGUACAUGAGUGUGUGUCUGUGAGAGAGAAAAGACCGAUUAUGAGAACCUGUGAACCAGCGAGUGACACAAUUCUCAACACUGUGGCCCCUCCCCCAGCCCUGGGAGUACCAUCCUGACAUGUAAAUGAUUCUCAUUAAGCGUUGGCAACAUGUGUUUGGUGUGUGCGUGCGUGUCGCGAUAAUUUCCUCUGAUCUGUUUUCUGACCUGUUUGAAAGAGGUUUUUGUUUCUCUAUGCUUUCAGUAGUAAUUCCUACUUCUUCUUCAAUUUUUUUUAUUAUUUUCAUUAUUAUUAUUAUUAUUAUUAUUACACUGCUCCUCUUUUAUUGUAAAUAUCAAUGAUGAUGUGGACUUAAGGUGAUAAAUACUGCCUUUGUAUAACUUAGCAAUAUGUUAUGUAAAUAGUGUUUUGUUGAUGCUUUUUGUAUGACAUUAUUAUUCGAUUCUAGUGCAGUAAUUCCAACUGGAACAGCCAUGUUUAAAUACAGUCUGAAUAGUUACACAGGUUGUAAAAAUAAAACCCAUGACAUGGCUGCUUUUUUUCCUGUUAUUGGUGUCUAUUUGUCUUGCAAAUUUUGUGUAAUUUAUUGGUUUAAUUUAUCCUAAUUUAUUUGAUGUUUUAUUUUUGUUUUUGUUUUUUUUCAAACAGGGAAGGCUGUACUGCAUUUGAACAAGUAGAACCAACUUAAAAGAUUUAAUCCUCAUCUACUUUAAAAGUGAAUUUUAAAAAAAAAUUAAUCUAACGCGCUCGCUCAUUGACAGAAAUGAUGACUGGAGAUCCUGGCAGCUAAAUGGAACUGGACAGGGUUUUUUUUUCCUUUAAAAAAACUAAAUGAAUAAAUAAAAGGUUUGACAGGACAGAGGGUGGACUAGAAAGCUGAAACUAGUUUGAAGCAGUUUUGUAUUUUCUCUUGAGAUUUUAUUCCCCUGUAUUGCUUUGGCCCAGCCCAAGAAACAACCAGUAGUCAAAUUGCCUUUCGUGCCUUCACCCUCUAUGAACUGAAUGUAUGUGCAGUAUAUAUGCAAGCUUGUGCAAAAUGAAUAAAAAAUUGAAAUAAAAAUGAAAAAGAGA